AUGUUUAGAGCCAUAAGUAGAAUAAGCAGUCCAUUCAUUGCUCUUGGAAUAGGAUUUGCAGCAUUCCCUAGGGAUUGGAGGAAAGGGAAUUUCACUAAUGACCGCAAGUUGACUAGUUUUAAUCAAUCGGUGAUAGAACAAAUCCAGAAUACUAGUGAAUAUCAGAAACUACAAGGAAAUGAGUCUGUAACUAUGCAUUACUCGAGUCAGACAUUCCCUAGUCAACAUCACAAAAAUAGUGUUGGAUCAGGAAUACUUUUCGGGCCCAAUCUAAUGGAAAUCGACCCCAUCAUCUUUAUCAACCAAGACGAGGGAGAAUUGACAGGAUUUUACCAUUUGGGUCGUCUGCUCAUAAGUCAAGAUGGACAAAUACACAACGGUGUUGUAUCUACAAUAUUGGACGAAGGGUUGUGUUCAUGCGGAUUUCCGUUGUUACCAUCAAAGAAGGGGGUCACAGCCAAAUUAUCCAUCGACUUCAAGAAUCAAAUUCCGCCUGGCAGCACAGUCAUAUUGAGAGCAAGGGUUAAAGAGGCUAAGGGAAGAAAGGUUGUCAUUCACGGGGAUUUGGAAACGUAUCCGUUAAAGGAAGGUGAACAACCUUUGAAAAUCGCCGAAUCCCGUUGUAUCUUAGUAGAACCAAAAUGGUUCCAAUAUUUUUCGUGGCUCCAAGUGUUCUAA